GAGACGAGACGAGAGAGUCGUCCUUGACUAGCUCCUUCGGCGAGAGAGACGAGACGAGAGACCCCGGCAUCACGGCAUCCUUUCCAAUUGCUUCCUCUGACCAUCCCCAUCCGCCCCGUCGGAGGUUUCCGCAGGGUCCCCCGGUCGCCGUCGCUCCCCUCGGGUUGACUUGACUUACACAACCCUUUGCUAGCCACCCCAAUAAUCCGAUACCAUCUCUCUCUCUCUCUCUCUCUCCCUCUCUCUCUCUCUCUCUCGCCGCACCAGCCUCUCUUCCUCACGCUUGGUUAGAUCGAGCUCUGAAUCCGGGAUUGCGGCGGUCCCGGGGACGGCCGCCGGAACCAGCGAAGCAGCAGCUCUCCGGUGGCGGCGGGAAGGAAAACGGCCUUGUCUGAUUUUGUUGAGGACGACAACUAUAUAAUCCAGAACAUGAUGGCUGCGGAGUUAGUUAAGCAGUGUUCAAACAUCACUCUGAGAGAAGAAAGUGAGAUUUGUGAUAUUAAACAUGCGCUUAAGGCAUUGAGAAAGAAGAUUCUUAUAUUGGAUUUUGACAACUCCAUACAUGUCCAUGAUCCACAGGACUCAUUUGAGUACUUGGAAGUGUUGUACAAAAUCAGACAACUGUCUGAAAGGUUAAGGAGCUUAAACCCUGGUGGAGAAGCCAAACAGCUGGAUGAACUCACUGUGUAUGCUGAUGACCUUUCUGAAAUGGCAAUGGCAAGGCUUGAAGAGGAAUUUGUUUAUCUUCUUACCCAUUACAAACAACCAUUAGAACAGGAACUCCUCUCCUUUCGCUCUACAGAGGAUGGCAGUGUGGAUGACUUUUCACGCAGCUCAUUCAGUGAACAUACUGAAGGGAAGGCAAUGCAAAAUGAUAUCAGUGGAGGAUCAGAAUAUUUUGUGCCUGAUUUGAUUCAACCUGGUGCAGUCUCUGCUGUCAAGUCCAUUGCUAAAUUCAUGUUCCUGAAUGGCUAUGAUAAGGAAUGUUGCCAGGCUUAUAUAAGCGCAAGGCAGAAUGCAAUAGAUGAGUACUUUGGGUCUCUUUGUCUGGACAAGUUUAGUAUAGAAGAACUUAUGAGCACUAGUUGGGACAAACUGAAUUCAUUAAUAAGGAGAUGGAACCGAGCAAUGAGGGUUUUUAUUCAAGUCUACCUUGCAAGUGAGAGGCGACAUAGCAAUCAUGUCUUUGGUGAACUUUCAGUUCCAACUGCCGAGAUGUGCUUCUAUGAAAUUUCAUUUAACCCCAUUAUGCAACUUCUGAGCUUUUAUGAAUCUGUAGCAAUUGUUCCUCCUAAAACAGAAAAGCUCUUUCGUUUGCUUGAUAUGUAUGAGGUCCUAGAUGAUCUGCUCCCUGAAGUAGAAUCCUUGUUUGAAGCAGGAUACGACAAUAUGAUUAUAAAUGAGUAUCAUGAAGUCCUAGUCCAACUGGGAGAAUCAGCAAGGAAGGCCUUUGCAGAGUUCAAAAAUGCCAUCCAAUCAUACACUUCAUCCAGUGCUGUGGCUCGUGGAGCAGUGCAUCCGCUUACAAAGUAUGUUAUGAACUACAUAAAGGCUCUCACGGGAUACAGCAAAACACUUGAUUCACUUCUCAAGGACACAGAUCGAAAAUAUCAGCAUUUUGCUCCUGACAUUCAGUUGAUGGCAAACUCCUAUCCUCAUUUCACGGUGACAGCUUUGCAUCUACAGUCAGUUGCUGCAGUUUUGGAGGCAAAUCUUGAAGCUGGAUCUAGAUUGUACAAAGAUGAUCGAUUGCAGAACAUCUUUAUGAUGAACAACAUCCACUAUAUGGUCCAGAAAGUGAAGAACUCAGACCUUAAAAGCUUUCUUGGUGAUGACUGGAUCCGGGUGCACAAUGGGAAGUUUCGGCAGCAAGCGAUGAGAUAUGAGAGGGCGUCGUGGAAUAACGUCCUCUCUUACCUGAGUGAUGAUGGUUUGUAUGCUGCUGGCAAUGCUGCUUCUCGUAAAACCAUUAGGGACAAGUUCAAGAAUUUCAACCUGUCCUUUGAAGAGGUCUAUCGAGUUCAGACAGCAUGGUCUGUCCCAGAUGACCUACUUCGCGAAGAUGUGCGGAUUUCAAUAUCACUGAAAGUUAUACAGGCCUAUAGGACAUUCGUGGGAAGAUAUUCAGGUCACCUUGACGGCACAAGGCACCGAGAUCGUUACAUAAAGUAUAGGCCCGAGGAUCUGGAGACACUUUUGCUGGAUCUUUUUGAAGGAACUCAAAAGUCAUUGCAGCAUUCUUGCCGAGCGUGAAGCUUAAAGCCCAGUUCUUGUUGAAGAGAUGCCUCAGUUUUUUUUUUUUUUUAUCCCUUGUUUUCCCCCUUCGCUUCAUAUUAGAAUGGUACAGUUGAAUGAUUAUAGCAAUGUCUUGUUCUGCCCAACUUGCAUCAAUAGCCUUUUCUUCGCGGCUCUCUUGCUGCUUAGAGUUCCUCAUACUUUGGUACCAGUGUAUAGUUUCUGAAUAUUUUGUUACUUAUACAGUAUACAGUAAUCCUGCAUUCCCGCGUAA